AUUACACGCGAGGCCCUAUCAACACUGGCUCAUGUGCCGCAUAUAAAAUCGCGCUCGUUUGCUUGUUUUCUUCAAUUUGUAAUAAGAAUUAUUUAAAAUGACUGAGGACACCAUACCGCAUUUCGAAAUCGGCGACGCACUUGCCAUGCGCUGCGGCAAUACGCUAACCGCAAGUUUUGUUCCAGGCGGCUCCAAAAUAGCGCUGAGUGCCUAUCGGCCUGUCAAAUGGAGCACACCCGACGCGCCAAGUGAAUCGGCUGGCGAGGAACCAGUACUGAUUUAUAUGGCUCAAGAGACGACGCUUUAUACAGAGCCUCUGCUUCGUAGUCUACUUGCUGAAACGAAUGCCGCAUUUACGACUCUACAAGUGUUAAGCCAAGGGCCAAAGGGAGACGCGAAAAAAUCCAUAGAUUACCUAAAAAUUUCCAGAACCUAUCGCAGUAUAAUCCGUUGUUUUCUCGAGAAGGUGGAACACGCUAAGAAAUCGCCAGAGGUACAAGAGAAUGAGGCCACCAAAGAGCGCCACACGGAAGCAAUAUAUACUUUCUAUGCAAUCGAGUGUUUGUGGAAUCUGUUUGAAGUCCUCUACAUACAGCAGCAGCACAAUCAGCUGAUUGUGGGCGAACUGUUGGAGUGGACGCGCUUCCAUUUUCCCGAUACGGAAGACUCGGCUACUGACCUGUUGCUCAUGGCCGAAGAAGCCAGCGAAUGCGACAACUAUUGGGACACAUUGAAAACACUCGUAAUGCUCGGGCAGCUGGACGUGACACGAGCCAUUCUCUCUCAGCACCGCAAAUUCAAUCAGACUGUAUUUCAAACAGCCGACCAAGUGCUCAAGUCAAUGCCCGUUUAUCAGGAUGGGUAUGCAAUGCAAAAGUUUUGCUCCCAAUGGGAGUACUGGCACGUAGACUUGGAGCGAAAAUUAGCCGCACAUGUGUUUGCCACCGAGCCACAACUUGAGCUGCUCAUGCAGCUGAUUUCGGGCAGCAACAAGCAUUGGGACGCCGAACUUGUGAAAUCUCAGGACUGGUAUGAGUUUCUACCCGGCUAUCUGCUCUUCACUCGACCCGCCUGCAAGCCAUUUGAGCUGCGCAUUGCAGCCACCAAUUGGAUCAACCGCUGGUCCGGGCUUCGCCCCAACUGGAAGAUGACGCAACUGAGUCGCAUGAUUAUGCAACUGAUGGAGCAUGAUAUCAAACUCUUCAUCUAUGAAGCGCAGAAGCUAGGCGACAGUCAUUGGUUUGCCACACAUCUCAUCGAUUUGAUCUACCAUUCGGGACAGCUCAAUUCAUAUUUCGAGCAGCAGCACAUUGAUCUCCCUUCAUUACGUUUCUCAAUGAUCUUUGAGUACGGCAGCUAUUUAAUGACGUCGCACAAACUCUGGCAGCUGGGCAUUGAUUAUUUAGACUGCUGCAAGCAGGAGGGAUCCGCAGCAAUAGAGCUGCUGCUGACACGCAUUCCACUGAAGAGCGAGCGGCAAGCCUUCAAGAUCAUCGCAAUGGCCAAGGAACGUGGACUGGUCAAUGUCGAGCAGAGCAUCUGCAAAGUUCUAUCGAAGCGAGCGUAUGCCGAUCAGCGUUAUGGCAAUGCACUGGAAUGGGCCAUGCGCUCCAAAGAUGUUUUACUAGUUACAGCCAUAGCCGACUUUAUACUAAAGCACUAUUCUAAUACUGGCGUUAUGCUCUGCCCAGAUGUUAUAACAAGUAUUGGAGCACGGAUGUUUGUCUCGCCCCGUUUGGUAUUUCUCACCAAGUAUUUCGAGUUCUAUGAAUUUUACCGGGAACGUGACUUUUUGUCUGGUGCUGAGCUACUUGUCAAUCUGCUAGCCUCAAAAAUAACGCCCGAUUAUUUCUGGCCCUCACUGUUGAUUGAUGCCUUGCCGCUGCUGGAGUCUGGAGAUCCCAAGAUUUUCGCCAAGGAAACUAUUGCUAUACUCCAGCAUCUGGAAUUGGAGCUGGUGCCAAUUAUCGAACGCAACAAACUGAACACUGCCAAGUUUAACAAUCAAUCCUCGAAAACUGUGUUCAGCGACUACCGCGUGGAGAAUGUUGAGGAGAUAUUGGAUCUGAUGCGUUUAGCAUGUGCCCGCAAUCUGUCCAGGGCAACGAUAAUUGAGAAUACUGCACCCGAAGCUUAACUGUUUCAUAUAUACAUAUGUAUUUCUUUUGUAGUGUAGUUUAUUUUAUAUUUUCGCUUUUCAAUACAUCGUAAUCGUAAUUUGUUGUAAA